CACCGCAGAGAUACAGAACAGAGCAGAUUGCUGUUGAGGUCAGCUCCCAGCUCCCUGCCUCAUUCCUCUCUGAUUCCUCUUUUGUUCAGGCACAAAAACACUCCAUCCUGAAACUUUUGUCAUUAUUGCCUUGGUAGAAGAAGACCACAGUUGUUACCUGGGUUUUGAUUUGGGGACAACAGCAUUUCAAUGACUAGGAGAUUUCAGGAGAAGCUAGUGGCCAUGAAGAUUCUCAAAAUCAGCAUGAACUUUAUUUUUCACAGGUGUUCUUUCAAAGUUUGCCUUCGACUCAACGUGUGGUAGAAAUUCACCCUGAAAGCAUUUGCUCUUCUCUGGUUUUGUGUCUUUUCCUCCAGAACAGCGUUGUUUUUUGCAUGUUUUGCACUUAGCCAGAGGAAGUCUGGCGCAUCCGAGCCGGCCAGCCGAGCACAUCUGGAAGUGGUUUCUGGGGCCGCCCCUCUCUGCCAGCGCAACUCCUGGGUUCCCAGCAGCUUCGCGCAGAGGUGGAAGAAACCCGAGACGUUCCAAAGUCAACGCAAGCAAAGGGGAGUGCGGGUCGGGGAGGAAUAUUCUUUUGGAAACGUAAUAUUGGCCUUGGGGCUCUCCAGCCCUUUGGGACUUCCAAUGGGAUCUUAGAAGCAGCCGAAGCAGCGUGAGGGCAGCAGCCCAGGGCCAGCCACGAUUUUAACGCUCUGCCUUGCAGCUCUUCUGGACCGAGGAGCCCAAAGCCCUACCCUCACCAUUCACCAGGUCCUGUGGGAAGAGCAGCGUGGAGGUGGGCUGAGGUUAGAAGGUGCAGAGCGUGGAAGAAGAUUGUGAGCUGAAUAUUGGACAUCUGUUCUUGAAUAGUCCCUGGGCCUGCCGUAGGAAAGGAAGUUCUCCAGGGUUACAGUUCUUAUCCGCGUGAAUACACAUGGCUCUGUUACGAAAAAUUAAUCAGGUGUUGCUGUUCCUUCUGAUCGUGACCCUCUGUGUGAUUCUGUAUAAGAAAGUUCAUAAGGGGACUGUGCCCAAGAAUGACGGAGAUGAUGAAUCCGAGACUCCUGAAGAACUGGAAGAAGAGAUUCCUGUGGUGAUUUGUGCUGCAGCAGGGAGGAUGGGUGCCACUAUGGCUGCCAUCAAUAGCAUCUACAGCAACACUGACGCCAACAUCUUGUUCUAUGUAGUGGGACUCCGGAAUACUCUGACUCGAAUACGAAAAUGGAUUGAACAUUCCAAACUGAGAGAAAUAAACUUUAAAAUCGUGGAAUUCAACCCGAUGGUCCUCAAAGGGAAGAUCAGACCAGACUCAUCGAGGCCUGAAUUGCUCCAGCCUCUGAACUUUGUUCGAUUUUAUCUCCCUCUACUUAUCCACCAACACGAGAAAGUCAUCUAUUUGGACGAUGAUGUAAUUGUACAAGGUGAUAUCCAAGAACUGUAUGACACCACCUUGGCCCUGGGCCACGCGGCGGCUUUCUCAGAUGACUGCGAUUUGCCCUCUGCUCAGGACAUAAACAGACUCGUGGGACUUCAGAACACAUAUAUGGGCUAUCUGGACUACCGGAAGAAGGCCAUCAAGGACCUUGGCAUCAGCCCCAGCACCUGCUCUUUCAAUCCUGGUGUGAUUGUUGCCAACAUGACAGAAUGGAAGCACCAGCGCAUCACCAAGCAAUUGGAGAAAUGGAUGCAAAAGAACGUGGAGGAAAACCUCUAUAGCAGCUCCCUGGGAGGAGGGGUGGCCACCUCCCCAAUGCUGAUUGUGUUUCAUGGGAAAUAUUCCACAAUUAACCCCCUGUGGCACAUAAGGCACCUGGGCUGGAAUCCAGAUGCCAGAUAUUCGGAGCAUUUUCUGCAGGAAGCUAAAUUACUCCACUGGAAUGGAAGACAUAAACCUUGGGACUUCCCUAGUGUUCACAACGACUUAUGGGAAAGCUGGUUUGUUCCUGACCCUGCAGGGAUAUUUAAACUCAAUCACCAUAGCUGAUAUAACUCUACCCUUAAAAUAUUCCCUGUAUAGAAAUGUGGAAUUGUCCCUUUGUAGCCAACUAUAACACUGUUCUUUAUGAACAUUACCUUUGAUACAUAUGAUCCACAAUAUAAAAACCAAAAACUACUGUGUGCAAAUUAUACCUUGGACCAUAUAGGCAUUGAUUAACUUCUUUAAGUACAUGUGAUAACUAUGGAAAUCAAGAUUAUGUGACUGAAAAACAUAAAGGAAGAGACCCAUCUAGAUACCAGCGAUCAAUCUGCUUAAUUCUGAAUGACAAUUAUAUCCACAAGUUUUUAAAACUUCUAAAUGUAUUUUUCACAUGUAGAUCUUCUUAACAGGUUGCCAAUCUUUUCUUUUAUAAAACUAUUACAUUUAAAAUAUGGACGUCUGAAAAAUAAAAUAUUCAUCAUUUUUA